UCACUAAGUAAAGCUCUCUCUCUCUCUCACCUUGAUUUGUAUAUAUAUAUAAAUACGAAACAUUCUUCUAUUAAGUCUUAGACAACAAUACAACAACAAAACACGACAAACCAGCUCCUUUCCAUAGCUAUAUACGUCCAUCCAUUUCCUUUUUAUUAAAACCACUCUCUCUCUCUCUCUCUCUCUGACUUAUAAUAACCUAACUAGCUCUAUAUCUCUAUCGAGAUCGUUUGGUCAGUAAUUACUUCGAGAAGCUGAUCAUCAUCGGAUCUGAAGCCUGAAUUCUUAGGACUAUAAUCUUUAAAGCAAUGGAAAUGGAAUCUUGUGUCCCACCAGGUUUUAGGUUUCAUCCCACAGAAGAAGAACUUGUGGGUUACUAUCUCAAAAGAAAGAUUAACGCACUCAAAAUUGAUCUUGAUGUCAUUAUUGACGUUGAUCUCUAUAAAAUUGAGCCAUGGGAUAUCCAAGCUCGAUGCAACCUAGGGUACGAUGAACAGAAUGAAUGGUACUUCUUUAGUCACAAAGACAAGAAGUACCCGACAGGAACUCGAACUAACAGAGCGACGGCAGCUGGGUUCUGGAAGGCAACAGGAAGAGACAAAGCUGUGCUUUCCAAGAACAGAAUCAUUGGGAUGAGGAAGACCCUUGUCUUCUACAAGGGACGAGCUCCCAAUGGCCGCAAAUCUGAUUGGAUCAUGCAUGAGUAUCGCCUCCAAACAUCCGAGCAUGCACCACCCCAGGAAGAAGGUUGGGUUGUAUGUCGAGCAUUCAGAAAGCCAAGCCCUAGUCAUCAUCAAAGACAAGGUUAUGAAAUGUGGAAUCAUGGUAAUUACUACGAAAGAGAAAACAGUAGUAGUAGUAGCCACAUGAUGAGGCCUCUUUACUCUUCUUCUUCUCCUUCCGUGGAAGAAAAACAUAACAUGGCUGAUAUUAUUAAUCAUAAUCCAAAUAAUGUCGCCGCAACUAGUACUGCUUUCCACAACUGCUUCAUUCCUUCUUCAUCAGUACAUGUACAUGAUCAAGAUCAACUCGUAUAUCCUCUGCCUUCGGUAGACCAUAUCCAUCUCACUACUCAUCAUCAUCAUGAGGUCCUCCCUCAGCUCGACAGCCCCUCCAUCUCGGCGAACUUGGCCGCCAAUAAUAAUGAUCAUCAAAGUUUUCAGCGUAAUAACACCAGUUGUACUGCUACUAAUACUAUUCUCAACAACGAUCAUCAUCAUCAUCAUCAUGACAACUAUGAAAAUAGUAGUAACGAAAUAAGGAGUAGCAGUACCAGUACUACUAGUCAAUGUAUUGACUGGAAAAACAUGGACAGUUUUCUUUCAUCCCAUCUCAGUACUGAUCAUCCAAUAAUAUCCUUUGUGGGCUCUGAUGAUUUGCCUCCUUUGGUCCCUCAAAAUUAUAGGCAAGAAACUCAGAACCGCCAUUUUCUUGGGUGUUUUCCUGAUCAAUUGUGACAAAUUCAAUAUACAUUGAUCGAUUAAAUAUAUAUAUAUGCAUAUUUGAUGAUGAUCAAGUAUAUAUAUACGUAUGUGUACGUACGUAUUAUGUCGACCAUAUAUAUAUGGUUACAUUUUGUUUGCUAGCUUCAUCAUUGGAUUAGAAGAAGAUGGACGAGAUCGAAGCAAGAACGAUAUAGCUCAUGCUGACAAUUAUAUAUCGAAAUUAUUUACAUUAAUAAAUAACACAAUCCAUGCCCAAUCACUAGUAGGAACAGUAUAUAAAGCUAUAUAUAUGCUUUUUAAAUUUGUUUUUUCCUUUAAUUGAACAUUUAUAAUAUAUAUAUUGAUAUAUUAGUAUAUGACUGCUUUGCAUGCGCAUUAAUAUUGUUAGACAAAAAGAAUGAUUGUAUUUGGAAAAAGAAAUGGCUCCUUAACAAGUAUAUGCGACUCACCCUUUUGCUGUGUCA